AGUAAAAUUGGAAGAGAUAGUUGCAGAUGAUUAUGAAGAGAUAGAUGAUGGCUUCUCUUACACACCAAAAGAAGACAGAAAAAGACGUAGACAAAGUCAAGAAGAGGAAGAAUUCUUUAGAAAUGAAGGAGACAGGCCUAAAAGAGAAAAGAAAAAGAAUAAACAUAAUCCUGAGUAUUCCUUUUGUGGGGAAGAGACUUCUGUAGAUAUUUGGGACUCUCAAAAAAAGCACAAGAAAAGAAAAAGAAAGGAAGAAGUUAGUGGAAGAAAUAGACAUACAGAAGGUAAGGAAGAGAGCUCUACUGACCAGUCUAAAAAGCUUAAAAAAACAGAGAGGGAGAAACAAUUUUCAACAAAAAAGAAGAAGAAAAAGCAGACAAAGGCUGUAGAACAGACAAAUAAGAGCUUUUCUCUAAAUCCUGAUAAAAAGAACACCAAAACCCCCAAAACACAGCCCAGAAAAAAGAGGGCGGGAUCUUCUGAUUCCUCCAGUACGUCAUCUGACAGUGACAGCAGCGAAUCAGAUGUAAAGCAAAAUAAGUCUUCCCAUAAACCUGUAGUGGCAACACAUCCCAAAGACAAAUCCCAAGCUGCUGCAAAUUCUGAUGUGAAAACUGUUGUUUCUAGCAAAGUGGCUGUUAAAUCCAAUGCUGAAAAUUCCACUAAGACUGCGAUUAAUAAAAAUGCUAAAAAGUCCCAGUCCUCUAGUUCGGAUUCUGACUCGAGUACAGAGGAUGAGAAGGUGGCAGCUGCUCCAGACAGUACUGCAAAGAGAAAGUCACUGCCUGGCAGUGUGGCAGCUCUCAAAACCAGCACCCCCAGGGUUCCCAAAGCAAAGACCUCCUCUUCAGAGUCUGACAGUUCGGAUUCAGAAACUCUUGUUAUUAAAAAACCCACGGCAAGUGCUGGACUGAGUAAUUCCAUAGCAAGAAACUGUAUGAAACAGUUGCCAACUAGUCAAGGGCCACUUGCCAGCUCAGGUCGUGGCAGGGGGUGUGGAACAGGAGAGAAUAACUUCUGGAGAGGACCUCGGGGCCGUGGGUUUCGUGGGAUGAUGAGGGGCCAAGGCCGUGGGAGAGGAGCAAACCCUGGCUUCUUCUAUAACUACAGCAGCGAAGGCCAGAAACAGAGGCAGUUAAAUGAAGCUGCAACCAACUCUUCGGUUCUUGUCCAGAAUCCCGUGGAGGUCCCCAAGAGAGACUAUAGUGUGUUACCUCUUCUAGCUGCUCCACCACAAGUGGGAGAAAGAAUUGCCUUUAAGCGCUUGGAACUAACUGAAAAUUACAGUCCAGAAGUUUCAGACUAUAAGGAGGGGAAAAUAAUCAGCUGGAAUGCUGACAAAAAGCAGAUCGAGCUUGAGAUCCUGUCAUCACCAGCAGCACAGUUUGCUAAAGAGCCAGGGAAAUUCGAUCUGGUUUACCAGUCUGCAGAUGGAGCAGAACUGAUAGAGUACGCUGUUCCCCAGGAUACAAAGAUAACAGAAAGUUGGGAUGCGCUGAUAGAGCCAAGACUGAUUGUUGAGCCUCCAGUUAACGGAUCCAGCACUGUAAAUGGAGCAGUCUGA